CCCUUUCGUCGCCGUCGAGCUUCGCGCUCUCGGUUGGAGGAGUCGGGCUCGAAAGAUGGAGGAUCGAUGGGUGGCUGUAGAAGACGCCGAGCCCGAGCCAAUCUCCGAAUCUUUCACUUGUUGCAUUUGCCUUUUGCUAAUCGACGCCGAAGUUGCGCGGACGGGGAAAAGGGACAAAUGAACUGAUACGAGAAGGGAUUUUACUCUUGCAUUCUCGCUUAGGUGUUUGGAGAGCAUCAAUCGAGCUCUAGAAAUUGCCUCGGCGGGGUCGAAAUCGGUGCUAUAUACAAUGGGGUCUUUAGAAAAAAGCUAGAUUUCGAUGGAGGGCUCCGGUAACAGGAAAUUCCUUUUGACUAUAAGUUGUGGCUUUCUUAAUGAGGGGAACUCCUUUACAAGCCAGUCGUAUUAUCUUGUGGCCAUAUCUCCUGUUUCUGGUGUGUACAUCAAUCAAUGAGUGGUUUUCGUGAAACCAAAUGCCCACUUUGUCGGCAACCAUACCUUCACUUUCCCAGCAUCUGUCUGUUACUUCACUUUUUGCUGCUUAAGAUGUAUCCUGAUUCCUAUAGGAGAAGGGAAAUACAAACUUUAGAGGAAGAAAAGAGAAUGGGAACUUUCUCUCCGCAGUUUGAUGCUCUUUCGUGGAGAUCAGGCAAUGAGGAAGAACAAAAGUUAUCCGGUUCUUCACAAUCAAGCCUGACAUGUUUGGGCCCAAACUCAACUAUGGACACUGGGUCUUCUAGAAAUGGUGAACCCCAUGCAAGUAAGGUGCAAUCAGAGCCUGUUGCAGGUAUUGAUGGUUACGGUCCAAGCAGUCCCAAACAAGACUUGAAACGAAAACAUGAUAUACCUGUUGAAGAGGAGAAUGGGCAUCUAGUUGGCUCAGACAAAAGUUGCAAGCAGAUUAUAGCAUCGGAUGUGCUCUGCACAGAAUGCAGGCAAUUGCUUUUUCAUCCCGUUGCUCUUAAUUGCGGCCAUGUAUAUUGUGAAUCUUGCAUUGUGUAUCCAGCUGAUGAAAAGCUCACAUGUCAAGUUUGUCAAAGCCGACAUCCAGGGGGAUUACCGAAAGUUUGUUUGGAGCUGGAUCACUUUUUGGAGCAACAGUUUCCUGAUGAAUAUGCUUUGAGGAGAUUAGCCGCACGGCCUAGACUGACUAUCUCAGAGAAUGAUAGCCCAAAAUCUCUAGGUAAUAGCAAAGCUGAUUCAUCUUGGUCAAUUGAUACUUCAGUGACCCAUUUGGGAGUUGGCUGCGAUUACUGUGGGAUGUAUCCAAUAAUCGGGGAUAGAUACCAGUGUCAGGAUUGUGUCGAGAAGAUUGGCUUUGAUCUCUGUGGAGAUUGCUACAAUUCCGGUUGCAAGCUCCCUGGCCGGUUCAACCAACAACAUCGACCAGAGCACAAGUUCAAACUCAAAAAGCCAAAUAACUUGCGGAACUAUAUGUUGAGGUUGGUGACGGGGCGGCCGGACUAUGGCUCCACUGCUCUCAUCUUCUCUAAUGAGGGUUUGGAAGAUGGAGUCUCAUUGAUUGCUCCCACUUCACUGAGUCAGGAAGAUGCCGCACUGAGUCAGGAAGAUGCCGAGAACAGUCUGUCGAUUAAUUUUCUUUUUGAAGAUGAUGCGGAUUCGGAACAUCAGAAUAAUUCCCAGUCUAAUUCUAACUGAAGCCCAUCUUGGAAGCAGUUUUCCCAAUCAACCGACAGUGCUUGAGGAUGGACAUCGCACUUGAGUUGAGCAAACUGAGUUUGUGAUGAUGACAACAGCGGCGGCGGCGGCAGCUUGUGCUUCCCUUGGGCUCUUUUGACCUGCGGCACGGCAAGUGCCAGAGGCAAAAGUCAUUGCGAGAGGGCUUUUAGUAGAAUGCAGAUGGGGCGCCUUUUCAUAGCCAAAAAGUCUUAUGGAAGUGUGGAAUUUCAUAAUGUAUGGAGCGGAUUAUAUAUUCCGUGUGUCUGUAUGUAAAUGUCGAGGUGCUAUGUUGUUAUGUAACGAUGACAGAAAUCACAAUGUUGUACAUUGUACAUUAACGAUGAGUAUUUCCACGAUGAUCUCGCCAGUUCUGUUUUCUGCA